CCAUGAAGUAAUCAACAUCAACCUGAAGAACAAACCUGACUGGUUCUUUGAGAAGAACCCCUUUGGGCUGGUUCCUGUGCUGGAGACCAGCAAGGGCCAGCUGAUCUAUGAGUCCCCAAUCACUUGCGAAUAUUUAGAUGAAGCAUUUCCAGGGAAAAAGUUGAUGCCUUCAGACCCAUACGAGCGAGCCUUUCAGAAGAUGCUCUUGGAACACUUCUCAAAGAUAACACCCAUAGUUUUCAAGUAUUUUGUGGCAGUCAAAGAUGGACAGGACACCACAGCACUGAAAGCAGAGAUUGCUGAAAAGUUUGGCAAAUUUGAAGAGAUUCUGGCCAAACGCAACACUGUGUUUUAUGGUGGGGAUUCAAUCUCCAUGCUUGACUACAUGAUCUGGCCGUGGUUUGAACGCCUGGAACCAUUCCAGCUGAAGGACUCUUUGAAUCACACCCCAAAGCUCCAACGCUGGAUGGAGGCCAUGAAGGAGGACCCUGCUGUCAAGGCUACGAUGACUGACCCACAGAUAUUCAAAGAUUACCUCCAGCUCUAUAUGAAGAACAGCCCUGAGGCGUGUGAUUAUGGGCUCUGAGGUGCCAGUAGGCACAUGCCUGCUGAAGUGUCAGUGCUUCUUUUCAGUAUGAGCUCUGGGGCUCUAGUAUAAUUUGGUGUGAACUUUUCUGUGGUUGCAUUUCAUAAUGGGGAAUAAAUCUGUGCUGAAAAGGCUGAGCAACCUUCUUUGAACCCCACUCCUUCCUGUCAGGAGGGGGAUCUGCUGGCUUCAGGCAGGAGAUGGGAAGUCAUUGCUGGCCAUAUAUAUCUCGUGAAGGAAAAUGUUGGCUUUACUCAGAGGUGAUGUUCUGUUAAUCUAUGGCCUCUUUGCAGACCUUGCUGGUGGGCAGUCCCUGAACUGACCCUGUUACUUCAUUUAAAAAUUGUAAUACUGGUGUCUUGGAAAUAAAUAAAAAGCAAAGAAAGUUGUCUC